UUCCCCAUCCAGGCACAGUGCCGGUCAAAUCCCCCUUUAAUUUCCCAUGACUCCCCGCGUCCUCAAGCCCCGCCCCCAGUGCCCCAACCCCGCCCCGAAGUUUGAGGGGUGUGGACGGUUUGUGACCCCCUUAGCUGACCCUACCCCUCACGGGCCGGGAGAGCUGGGCUUAUCACGGAGGCCAGGGCCAGGGAGCCCUUCGGUUCGGGUGAGCCCAUGGACCCCAGUCCAACGCCGCGGGAAUAGGACCAUCCCAACGCGAAACCUUCGCCUCAGAAAAAGGGUGCGGGACCCCUCCUCACCGUGCGGUCACGGUACGGACAGGGUAGAUCACAGGCUGAGGGACAGAGUAAAGACCUCUCAGGCCGGACACCAGGAGUCCUGCUGGGCCCCUCCCCACGAGAGUUCCCUGUGUCUUUGCCAGCCGUUUUCGUCUUUCUUCGUCGCCGUUACUUUUUCUGUAAAUCAUGGUUAAUGACAUUAACCUUCUUGACAUCAGGGGUUAGUUGUGGGUGUGAUAUAUAAUUGCUACCAUUUAUUGAGCAAUUGCAAUUUGCACUGUGCCAGGCACUGUGCUAAGUAUUUUGCUUCGAUGAUUUCACGUCAUCUUCAAAACAACCUCAUGAGAUAUUCUUUGAGCAACUACUGGGGCAUUAUAUUGGACACUUCAGUACCAAGAGAAAUACAUACGAUCCUUGUCUACCAGGAGUCUAAGAGAGAGAUGGAGAGGGCUGGGUCAGUUAGAACCUAAACAAACUAGAGACCUGGUUGCAACCCUUCAGGCUCUGCUGAUGCUGUCCCCCUUUGUUCCUGCAGCGUGGACCCUGCCGGCAGCCAGGCCAUGGAGCUCUCUGAUGUCACCCUCAUUGAGGGUGUGGGUAAUGAGGUGAUGGUGGUGGCAGGUGUGGUGGUGCUGAUUCUAGCCUUGGUCCUAGCUUGGCUCUCUACCUACGUAGCAGACAGCGGUAGCAACCAGCUCCUGGGCGCCAUUGUGUCAGCAGGUGACACAUCUGUCCUCCACCUGGGGCAUAUGGACCACCUGGUGGCAGGCCAAGGCAACCCCGAGCCAACUGAACUCCCCCAUCCAUCAGAGGGUAACGAUGAGAAGGCUGAAGAGGCUGGUGAAGGUCGGGGAGACUCCACAGGGGAAGCUGGAGCUGGGGGUGGUAUUGAACCCAGCCUUGAGCAUCUCCUUGACAUCCAAGGCCUGCCUAAAAGACAAGCAGGUGCAGACAGCGGCAGUCCAGAGGCCCCCCUGAGAUCUGAGGAUAGCACCUGCCUCCCUCCCAGCCCUGGCCUCAUCACUGUACGGCUCAAAUUCCUCAAUGAUACCGAGGAGCUGGCUGUGGCUAGGCCAGAGGAUACCGUGGGUGCCCUGAAGAGCAAAUACUUCCCUGGACAAGAAAGCCACAUGAAACUGAUCUACCAGGGCCGCCUGCUACAGGACCCAGCCCGCACACUGCGUUCUCUGAACAUUACUGACAACUGUGUGAUUCACUGCCACCGCUCAUCCCCAGGGUCAGCUGUUCCAGGCCCCUCAGCCUCCCUGGCCCCCUCAGCCACUGAGCCACCCAGCCUUGGUGUCAAUGUGGGCAGCCUCAUGGUGCCUGUCUUUGUGGUGCUAUUGGGUGUGGUCUGGUACUUCCGAAUCAAUUACCGCCAAUUCUUCACAGCACCUGCCACUGUCUCCCUGGUGGGAGUCACCGUCUUCUUCAGCUUCCUAGUAUUUGGGAUGUAUGGACGAUAAGGACAUAGGAAGAAAAUGAAAGGCAUGGUCUUCCUCCUUUAUGGCCUCCCCCCUUUUCCUGGCCAGAGCUGGGUCCAAGGGCCUGGGAGGGAGGGGUGGAAAGGAUGUGAUGGAAAUCUCCUCCAUAGGACACAGGAGACAGGUACGGGGCCUCCCCUUCUCAUCCACAAGAGUACAGACGUCCCUUCUGUGCAAGCACAACUCAGGUAGAAAUGAAGAUGUCAUCUUCCUUCACUUUUAGGGUCCUCCUGAAGUUCAAAGCUGCUGGCCAAGCUCAGUGGGGAGCAUGGGCUCUGAGAUUCCCUCCCACCUGUGGUCCUGGCUCUUCCCAGUGUCCUGCAUGUCUGCCCCCAGCACCCAGGGCUGCCUGCCAGGGCAGCUCAGCAUGGCCCCAGCACACCUCCAUAGGAAUCCUGGAGUAUCCUUCCAUUUCUCAGCCAAAUACCUUUUGAGACUGAAAUCACACAGGCAGGAAUGAAGAUUGUGCCAGCCUUCUCUUAUGGGCACCUAGCCGCCUUCACCUCCCUCUACCCCUUAGCAGGAACAGGGUGUCCUCCCUUCUUUCAAAGCACUUUGCUUGCAUUUUAUUUUUUUAAGAGUCCUUCAUAGAGCUCAGUCAGGAAGGGGACAGGACACCAAGCCAAGCCCCCAGCAUUGGGAGCGGCCAGGCCACAGCUGCUGCUCCCAUAGGCCUCAGGCUAUAAGCAAGAGACAGCACUGGCCCUUGGCCAGCGUCCUACCCUUCCCAACUCCAAGGACUGGGUAUGGAUCGCUGGGCCCUAGGCUCCUGCUUCUGGGGCUGUUGGAGGGUCAGUGUCUGUGACUGAAUAAAGUUCCAUUUUGUGGUCCUG